AUUUCUAGGAGCUCUGGGCAAUGGGUUUACAUGAUUUUGGGAAGACAUUGUGUGUCUGUGAAUACUUCUUAUAUAGAUCGUGCUUAAAUUAUACCACACAUAUACAUAUGAGAGAUAAUUGGCGGAACGGCGUUCAUUUUUCGAAGCCGUGAAACACAAUGUUUUGUGGGUAUGGUACAUGAAGUCAUGAGGAGUAUUUCGUAAACAUUCUAUACAUGCUGAAGCUGUGGUAGACUUGUCAAAUUAUGGCGCUUAGGCCUAUUGUUGAGAGUCCAGUUCUAACAGAACAAAUGAAGUAUAAUGGCCAAGAUCAAAGUCAGGACGCUAAUUUUGCUUUGAUGGAACUUGAGAAAGGUUUGCGGAGUACAAAAUCAGGAGAACAAUGUGAAGCCAUUGUGAAUGUCCCAGGCCUGUUAGAAAAAUACCCGUUUCCAAUACUUGUUAAUUCUGCAUUUCUAAAGCUUGGAGAUGUUUUCCGAACUGGGUCCAAUUUCAUGAAGUUGUGUGUCCUAAAGGCGAUCCAAAGUAGCAAAAAGCACUUGGAGAAAAUAUUUAAUGUAGACGAAUUUUGUCGCAGAUUCUUCACUGUUAUUCACAGCAAUGAUCCAAUUGCAAGAGCUGUCACUUUAAGAGUAUUUGGAAAUAUUUCAUCAAUCAUAUCAGAGCGCAAAAAUAUUCACCACUGCAUAAGAACCAGUUUGGACUCACACGAUACUGUUGAAGUGGAAGCUGCAAUAUAUGCCACAAAAUGUUUUGCUGAACAAUCCAGUAAUUUUGCAUCUGGUAUUUGGCAAAAAGUUGCAGAUAUGAUUCAAGGAUUGACAACACCGAUUGAAAUGAAGUUAAAGUUGCUUCCUGUUUUCAAGUUUAUGUGUCAUGAUGUAAACAUUGCAGGAGAGGUAAAUGUGAUAUGUACGAAUCUCCUUUCUAUAUAUCCUGUCCACCAUUUUGUUGGGACCAUAUUAAACACAAUGACAGAGUUAGCACUGGCGACUUUAAUCAACAUUCCUCAUCACAUCAAUAUUAUCCUCAAAUAUCUCACAGACGAUCCAAGAAAAUCUAUUAACUUAAUUGCUGUGAAAAAUUUAUUACUGUUGGCACAAAAGGCUCCUCAUUUGUGGGACCGAGAACAUCUUGAUGGUUUAGUAUGUGCAACCAUGAAUUGUCUACAUGAUGUCAUCAAACAAAAAAUAUUAAUGGUAGUUGUGUUGCUGUCAUCAGAAGCGAAUUGUGGCAAUGUUUUUUCAGAAGAAGUACUUCAAAAGUUGGAAGAUUUAAUGGGCGAUAUGUGCAUUGAGAUAUCCACAUUAGCAUUAAAGGCGAGAGUGUUUGCUGUGUGUUCUGCAAGAGACGCAAUUGGUCCAGAUAUUUUACUUGCACUGCAAUCUGACAUCCAAAUGAUGACAGCUCUCAGCUUAUCAGAAAACUCUCUUGUUUCAUUAAAGAGAUGUAUGGCGUCAGCUAAAGUAGUGUUGUCAAAGGACUCUACAAUCUCUGACUUGUUAAUAUCUUUUAUUAUUGAGUGUGCAAGCAGUACAGGAGGCUGUUUUCUUCUUGAAAUACUGCACACACUUGUCAGCGUGUCAACAUUCAAACAAGGGUUUUGUCGUCCUCACAUUGACAGUUUGUUUGGUUUGUUUGAAAGUAGGGUGUAUGUAACGAACGACGAAACUGAUAAAAAUGUACUGGUAGCGCUAUUAACCCUCAUUUUACAGUCGUCUUCUGGAAGAAGCCUCGAAGAGAAAAUCAUAGUACAAGAAAGGCUACUCCAUCAUGUAUCGGUAUUGAAUGCAGCAGAAGACUAUUGGACUGUUUUUAAAAUGGCGAGACAGGCUUCUAGAUUGGCUUACCCUGUGUUUUCGUCAAAACUAUUCAACUUGUUGACGUCAAAGGUAUCCUCUGAAAAUCUCUACUUCUGGUUAAAAGCGUUAACGAAGUUUCAAGAGGCCGAAUCUUCAUUGAUGUAUGAAGCGCAGAGUGUGUCAAAACUGCAAGAGAUGUUAAUGGCUGCGCAUAAUUUUUAUCAAGAAGGCCUCACAAACCUAAAGGCUGCAGUCACAACUGAUCAUCCACUGUAUUUUCAAUUCAAAUAUUGCCGGUUGCGUGCUGACAUGCUGAGAGCUUACAGCCAGCUGCUUACAUCUUGUUCCAGUUUGAAGUUAAACCCACCACCUGCUCUAGCUAGAGCGGCCGCCAUAUCAAACGGAAUGGAGGUACAUCACAUGAGCAGGAUAGGUGUACAGUUUCAAAAUUGUGCUUUGCUAUUCAACAAUACUGCCCUGGGUUUUCAAAAUUUAUACAAAUCGUCUUUCAAUUCGGAUGACGUCACUCUACGAAACAUCCUCUUAUUGCAAGAAAGUUGUCAACUGGUAGCGUAUGCUAUCGAAAUGUUUGUGUCACAGAGGCGAAGCGAAAGAGUUUCACCAGAGUGCUCAUCGUCUUGUGUUACGAAACAGCUGAAUCAGCAUUUACAAUCUAUCACUGACACUAACUUAAAUGUGCUAAAAGUGAUACGGGAUGUGGACAAUAGAACGAAAGAAGAAAAUCUUUCACACCAGCAAACGAAUUGUCUCACAUCGAUCGUGUUGUCCCAACUUAAAGUUGGAUUUUCACUGCCGUUAUAUUUCUUCAAGUCGCUUCAAAACACUUCAAUACAGUUGUCAGUGUCUCCUGGGAACUCACAUCGUGAAGAUCCGCACCUUGUAAACAUUGCAAGUGAGAUGACGUUAAAAAUUGAGGGUGUUAUUCUAGAAAAGUCGAAAUCAGUAAACUUCCGUCAUGUAUCUAAAGUAAAUCUAACAGUGAGAAUGAAACCGUCUCACACAGUUCGGAAUGUUGCAUAUGAUAUCAAGCCUGUGCAAAUGACAGAAAUGGUAUUGGAAGAAUCGACUGAGCCUCUUCAUGAAUAUUUCAGCGCGCAGUUUUUACUCUCAUUCAAAUAUCUUGGUCAUCACACAGUAAGAAUAAGUACUGGUAUAACCGACGAACAUGGUGUGAACUGGGAAAGCGGACCUAGUUGCACGAUACAUAUAGACGUGUACGAGCAUGGUGGACAUUUAAAAAAGAAAUAGUUAUUUUAUAAA